AUGGCCCUCUCCUCCCGAGCCUCCAAGCUCACAACCCCAGAUCCCUCCGGCGCCGUCCUCUCAAACAACUGGCACCCAACCCUCAACCCAUCCGGCUACGUCAACCUCGGCGUCGCAGAAAACUACCUCAUGCACGCCUCCCUCCAACAGCACCUCCACGCCAACCUCAACGUCCCCACCUCCGCCUUCACCUACGGCGACUUCUUCAAGCGCAGCCGCACCGCCAUCGCGAGCUUCCUCACCAAGUACCUCAACACCGUGGUUCCUGUAACGCCGGAGCAUGUUGCUGUCGCGAGUGGCUGCACUUCGGCGGUGGAGCACAUGGCGUGGGCGUUUGCAGAUCCGGGCGACGUGAUUCUUCUCGGGAGGCCUUAUUAUGGUGCUUUUCCCGGUGAUGCGACGCUCCGCACGGGGACGAAGCUCGGCUUCGUCGAUUUCGGAGACGAUGAUCCCCUGGGAGCCAGUUGUGUUGAGAAAUACGAAAAAAGACUCCUCGAAGCACGAGCAAACGGCGAAAAAGUCUCUGCUGUUCUUUUAUGUCAUCCGCACAAUCCCCUUGGAAGAUGCUACUCCCGAGACGUCCUCAUCGACCUGCUCAAGUUCUGCAACAAGUACAAGCUUCACCUCAUCAGCGACGAAAUCUAUGCCCUCUCGAUAUUUGAAAACAAAAUCGACACGAAUCCCCCUCCCGCACCCUUCUACUCGGUCCUCUCCAUCGAUCCUACGGGAUUGAUAGACCCGGCGUAUGUGCAUUGCCUCUGGGGCAUGUCCAAGGAUUUCGGUGCCAACGGAUUACGAUUAGGAGCCAUCAUCUCUCAGCAUAAUGUGGAUUUGAUGACUGCUCUAUCUCCCGCUGUCCUGCUAUCCUCCGUCUCGUCCCUAUCAGAACAUGUCUUUGCGAAUGCACUAGAAGACGACGUCUGGGUCGAAAACUACAUCAAAGAAAACCAACAAAAACUCGGCUCCUACUACGAAUACAUUGUAAAAUGGGCCAAGGCCAACGACGUCGUCUACGCCACCGGUACCAAUGCCGGCUUCUUCAUCUGGGCCGACCUCGGCAGGACAUAUCUCAAGCAUCAAGGCUCCCAGCCCCAGGAUAUCGACCAAGCUGUCAUGGAUGCAUUGCUGAGGCACAAAGUCUUUCUCGCUUCGGGGGUGCGAUUCGGAUCAGAGAAGCCGGGCUGGUUCCGCAUUGUGUUUUCGCAUGACAUGGACUAUCUGAACGAGGGCCUUGACCGGAUUGUCGCUGCGUUGACGACCCCUGAGCCUUCAAAGAACAUGUCGAACGUAUCUUUACAGGUAGAUUUGGAUGUUGCUUUUUGA